UUGUCAAAAACGAGGAAAACUGGAGGAAAAGUGAGUUUUUCAACAUUGUUUUUUGAAAAUUAAAAAAAAGCAAAACUUGCUACUUUUUCCCCGAGACGUGAUUAGGUGCUGGCAAGCGAGUUUGAGGUCACUAUUUUAUUAAACAACGCAUUUUCGCCCUAUUGACAAAUGUUUUUUCUCUAAUCGUCAGGGUGUGCAUAAUUCUUUUUUUCAAAACUUACCCAAUUCUCAUCAGUUUCUAUAACUUCUUUUUGUGAAUCUUUGCUAGAUUUUUGAACAGUUGAAAUUGAAGAAAAAGAAGAUUCUUUCUCGCUAGACAUUUUUAAGAAAUACUCAUUUUUUACUCACAAGUGACAAAAAAAUAAAAAAAUGUCACGCGAAUUUUUAAUUUUUCCAAAAAAAAACUCACCUCCGGCUCUCGUUCUCCCUUCAUAAAUUGAUAUUUCGAUCAAAAUUUCCAGCAAAAUUCAAUGUAGGCAAAAAAAUCAAUGAAAAAACCUCGUUGAAAAUUAGUACUCAAACCAAAAGAACCUGUUUGUUUUUCUGUUAAAUUUAAUAUUAUUGUUAUGUCGGGAAAAAAAUACAAAAAAAAACGACCAAAAAGUUUCGGCGAAUAGAAACAAAAAAAUAUUUUUCUUUCUCACAUCUAUUUACCAUAUAUAUAUUUAUACAGGAAAAAGUGGUUUUUCUAUCUAUAUGUGUCAGGUAUUUUGCAAAGAACAAUCAUCUUUUGAAACAUGAAAAAUAGCGAAAAAAUGUUUCAUUUUCAAAUUGAAAUUGAAAAAUUUUUGAUGUUCCGGGAACUGUGUAACAACAAAAAAAACCAAAUAUGACCUUCUCGACAAAAAAAUUGUUCUUUAAAUGAUCGAAAGAGAGAAAAAACUUAUAGCCAAUCAAAAAAUAAUUAUGAUUUCGGCUAAUCAGUUUUGCAGAUCUAACAUAACAAGAAAAAAUGACCUGGCCUGGUCUGGCUAAGAAAUUGUGAACUCAUCCAUAAAAACUUAUUUUUUCUGUUUAUUGAAAAAACGACAAAAACAAAAAAGUUUAGAUUACUGUAUGAGAUAAUUUUGUUUUUAUUUUCAAAAAAAAUAGGAAGGAAGUGUUGAUAAAAUGUACAACACCAACAGAAAUAAUAAAAAAAAACAACCAAAAAACAGUAAAUGAGUGAGUGAAAAUCGGAAAAAGUGUCAGUGUUUAUUUGAUUUCGGAAUUUGUUUGAAUAUUGAACAAAUAAUAACCAAUUCAUGCUUUCCCGCUUCUUUUUCUUCGUUUCUGUUUUUGUAAACGUUGGCCAGAUGUUUUUGAUCGCAUGGAACAAGGGAAGAAAAACUAAACAUAUAUGUGAUGAGAAGUGGAGGAGGAGAAUUAUAGCAAGUUCCAGAGUGGGAUUGUCUUGAGCCUACAAAAAUGAAUCUUGAAAUCUGGAUUCAGGGAUCACAACCUUGAAGUCAAAUUCAACAAUUUCUUGUGAAAAUUUUUUUUGAUUCCAAAUGUAGAUAAUUUUGCAUCCAAAAUUUCAUUCGUUUCUUUUUAUUAUCACAAAAAUUUUUUCAGUUUAUUGUUUUUUUUGCAAAUUUGCAAUCAGAAGAUUCUGAAGUCCUUCAUUUUUUACAAAAUUUAGUUGCUUUUAUAGUUUUUUUUUAAUUCGAGUCAGAAGCUUCAAAACCACAACACUGAAAAUAUUUCAUGAAAAAACCCCACAAUCAAUUUUCCUGUUUUCACGCUUGAAAAGUUACAACUCCAAAGAGAAGCUACACAUUUUGGUCAAUAAUCAAAUUUUUGCCACGUCAUAACUUGACUCGAGUCAAAUUUUAUUAAAAAUUCAGAGUGAAAAAACAUUCCCUUGUGAACAAUUAAUCUUGAGAAUUUCAACAAGCAUUUCCAAAAUUCCACGUCAAAAGUUCACGAUUUUAAAAUAUUUUUUUUUGUUUUGAAGUUUUUGAACCCUGCAUAUUUGAUUAUUCUCUCUAUCUCUCAAGUUUUUGAUAAAACACCCCCAAAACUAUGAAACAUUAAUAAUUCACUCGAAAUCGAAAUCGAAAUCGAGACCAGAAUUAAACAUUUUUUUCUCCAGAUCAGCAAAAAAAACAACACGCAAAAAAUAACCUUUUUCUAAUUAUCGUGGUGAAAAAUGAAAAAUAUUUAUGGUUAAAAUUGUCCUUAUAGCAUAAGACAAGACAAUAACAUCACCACCCUCUCGCCAACAAAAACCCCAUAAAACAUAAAUAACUCUUUACAAGCCAUAUGUAUCUUGCUCUUUCUUCUAAACAAUACUUUUUUCUAAAUUUUUUUUGGGUUAGGAAUAAUAUCCUUCUGGAAGGAACUAUAAAUCAUUUCAUUUCAUUUCAUUUCAUUUUUAUUUAUUUCGGGAGUAUUUUUGAAAUAAAAGCAAGAUUGAUAGAUGAAUAGAUAUAUCGUAAAGUUUUAGUGUGUUGUUUUGUUUCCGACAAGCCUCAUUUUUUUUUGGGGUCUCGGUUUGUUUUUGAUAUUUUUUUUCAUUUUCAUUGCGAUCUUCUAUGAAUGGAUCCAGACAUCACUGUUUUUUUUGUUGGAUUGACACUUUUACUUUUGAAAAUCAGUGAGCAAGCACUUUUGAGAAUUUUACUAUUUUGAGGAAGAACUUUUAGAAAUUAUGAAUAGAACUUGAUUUUCUAUUAAAAAAAUUUUUAGAUCAAGUAAGUUCCUAGGUGAAAAGUUUUGAGGAACUUAGGGCAAGUUGCUCUAAAUCCGAAAAAUUAAUGAGCGUGGGAAAAUGAUCCCGAAAUUGAAAGGUCAAAACUUUCAGGCGAGAAAUCUUUUCUGAUUAGGUUUUCUGACUGGAAAUUAAUUUUUCCUUUGAAAAUUAUCAAAAUAAAAUUGUCCAGAUCAAGCAUGAUUAAUUCUGGUAUUCUUAAAAAUUGGAAUUAACUGUGCACUAAAAAUUUCCCUGAACCAUAGCUUAUCAAAAAAAAAAAGAAGAUAUAUAAUUUUUGGAACUUCUAUUGAAAAAUUUAAUUCUAAAUAGAACACUGCUCAAUUUUUCACCACUUCCUCAAAAAAGUUUCAAUAACAGCUGAAAUCUCCUUCAAACAACGUCAUAUCUUCUUUCUCUUUGUCUUUUUUCCUCAAUCCAUCCCAUCUCAAAAAAAAAGCGCGAUCUCCACUCAAGCUCCGCCCAUAUAUUUCUGGCUCACGCCCCUUUUCUCCUUCGAUUAUACUUUUUUUACUUUAUAGAUUUGUUGCUGUCGUCUUCACGACACAGAAAUGAACACACAAAUCAUUGCUAUUUUCGUUUUGGCAUUGAUUAUGAUGGCCAGUGGAAUGCAAUCUGUUGUGAACGAUGAAGAAUUUGAGGAGGUUGGUUGAAAAUUGAAAAAUCUGGAAAAGGUUAAUCUUAUUCUGAAAUCUAAAUAACGAAGCCAAUUAAAAAACAUUUGAAAAUUUUUUGCAUCGAUUUUAAAAUGAAAAAAAAAACAUCUGGAUUUAUUUUCAGGAAAAUACUUCCUUGAAACUCCGGAAAAUCAUUAUUUUUGGUCUGGUGAAAUAUAUUUCACUACCUCUUUUGGAACUAUUUAGGAUUUUUUUUAAAUAGAAAAUUUAUGGGCUGUUGAUCGGACCAGGUACAAAUAUUUGGGUUAAAUUCAAAAUUUUUCUUGAAAACGGACUUGAUCGGACAUUUUUUGGUGGUUAACCUGGUUGAAAAUUCACAAAUCCUCUGGCCUUCUCAAAAAUCCUCUCCUCCAAAAAAGUUCCAAAAAAGUUUCCCCAAAACUUCUGACGUUACAAAAUAAAUCAAAUUAUCUCUUCCAAAAAAAGCUCAAAGAGUGAUCCAAAAAGUGGGCAAAAGCAAAAAAAAAAUCAAAUUAAUUUCAAGUGUUUUUCCAAGUGACGAUGUUGUUUUGUUUUGUGUGGUCCGUCCGCAAAAUUGACUUGUUUGUUUGUUCGGGAUUCUCACAAUUCUUAACGACAACGAAAAAAUGACAUUUUUUUCACACACCGACUUUACUAAGAAAAGUACAAUUUAAUCCAAAUCAUUCAUGCUCUUUCUUUUUCCAGGCUCUUCAAUUGGCUGAACUCUGCCGAACACCACAAUUAAAGGAGAUUUGUAGAAAACUAGGAGAACAAAUGGUGAGUUUUUAUGGUCAAACCAGGCCUAAAACAGACCUAAGAUUUCUCAAUCUAAAGCGCUGAAGCCGGGCCUAAAAUUUCUAAAUUUAAAGCCCUAAAAGCCUGAAAUUCACAUAAGCCUAAGGCCCAAAAAAUUUAAUUUUCCAUUAAUUCUGAGAGAGUUGGUAAAAUGGGAAAAUUGUCCCGUAAAUCAAAUGCUGAAAGAAAUUAGUUUCACAAUUUUUAUAGGGCUCUAAAUCAUAUGCAAAAUAAAAUUUGUUUUAUUACUCGUAGCGCACUCAAAUAUUUUUAAUGACCUAAAGAAACCUCAACUCAAAAAAAAGAUCAAAUUUACAACAACAACAUCAAGAUCAUUUUUUGUCGAAACAUUACAUCAUUUUAUUUUUUCUAGGCUGAAGAUGGAAUGCUAGAAAUGAAAGAAAAACGAAAACCGUCAUUUGUUCGAUUCGGAAAACGUUCAGGAAUUGAGAUGGAAAAAAGAAAGCCCUCAUUUGUUCGAUUUGGUCGUAAAUAA